CCUAACAUCAAAAAGAAGAACUGGAAGUUGGAAAUUCCUGUAGAAACAUCACUGUAUCCAGACAUCGAGAAAAUAUAUAAUGUGAAUAUCGGGAACAGAAAGUUUCUAACGCGGUUACCCAAGAAAUUAACUUCAGAAAGAUUGUUUGGAAGCUGUUAAAUAACUGUGAUUGGCUUUGUCUUGUAAGGCAUAUAGUGGAUGGAAAUGUUAUACUGAGAAAUAUAUUGGAGUAUGUCCAAAAGAAACAAGCACAGGCCAGUAGAUGCUGAGAGAACUGUGGCGGAAGCCAUGAGACAGGUGGAGAAGGCUAUGAAACAUGUAAAGGUGGUGACGGGGGGAAUGAAUGACAGGGGAUUCGGGGCCAGUCCUGGCAUGGAGUUUACUUCAGAGGCCGAGGAGGCAGAGGGUGCAAGGACAAAGAUAAACAAAGAUGGCUCAAUCAAAAUUGAAAAAGGUUAUAUUGGAAAAAAGACUUCCAUACAUAUACACAAUUCUAAAAAUGUCCAAGUUGGAAGCAACAAUGUGAUGGUGGUAAACCAGACAUCGGGACGUUCUCGAGGGAGACGAAGGAAUGACUCGAGUUCUGAUUCGUCAGACUCGGAGGAGGAGGAUCCACCGCGAGAGGCAGCUAAACCAAUCACUGACAUCUGUCAGCAGAUACUCAGUUCCACAAGACUCGCCAAUGACUUGGACAUUAGAAGAGCUACCACAAUGAUUGGUAAAUCAUGGCGCAGAGUAGGUCGAACCCUGAAUGUGAGUGACACUGACCUAGAACAGAUCUAUAUCCAGUAUUUCCGGGAGGAGGGGAUAAGGGGCGUGGCACAUCACAUGUUUACAAAAUGGAAACAACAGAAUGGCAAGAAGGCCACAGUGGGAGUCCUGACAACAGCUCUGUCAAAGGUCAACGACCCUAAGGACAUACAAGUGAACUUUGAACCUUAACAGUGGGUUUAACAAUCUCACUUGUGCCUUAUUUUAUGGUGAUUUGAAGCCUAUAUGUGAUAAAAUCAGGAAUCUUUUUCUAUCUGAAUGUUCAGCUUGAUUUUCUCAACUCAUGAUCAGCCAGUUUUGUAGAAGUAAUGCCCUGCUGGAUAAAAUUCGCUUUACAUGCUGAAACUUGGAAGUAAAGGAAACAAGACCAAAUGUACAAAGUGAUUUGUAUUUAAGCCAAAAAAGAAAUACAUGUAGAUAUGGAUCUUAAAAUUAAAAAUUAGCAUUACAUUUGCAUUUUUUCACAUCUUAUAUGAUGUUUUACAGUUUAAUGUCCUCACUUUAAAUUAUGUUCUAUUCUGAAUCACAAAUUGCUAUGAUGUGUCUAUUAUACAUGUUAAAUAUCAUUAGUUUAAUUAUCAUACUGACACUCAUGGCUUGUGUGUAUGUAAACCUGAACAUUAUUAUGGGUCUUUUUAAAGACAUGUUCUUUGAUUUUGUUACAUUUGAUACACUAUUACAUUAUAUUUUUAACAAAAGUGUUUUCAUUUUAGAUAUAUUUCAGUUAUGUAUAUUCUAAUUAUGUCUUAAACUGUUAUGCAAGUCACGUGGAAGGUAAAU